GCCAAUCAGGAGCCGGGAGCCUCGCCUUCCACCAGAACCCGCAGCCGGAGCGGAAUCAGAACUUCCCACUCCAGCGGGCUGCCAUGCCGAGGAAGGAUCAGGUCGUCCUUCAGCGACAACAGAGGUGGAUGGUGUUGGGUUUCAGAUCUAGACUCGCCUUUGGGUGGAGGAGCUGUUGAUUACUGUGAGAAGCCAAUGCUUUGGGUGCAAGGAGCUCUAUGAGACUGGAAAAGGUAAAAGGUUCUGCUUUUCUUGGAGAGAAAAGACAGGAUAGGUUCCCUUUCCCACUCCGUGGCUCUUGGCAGAGCUAUUGUCCGUGAAAAAGUCCCGCUCAUCUGGAAGGCGUGGAUGAGAGGUAGCCCUGUAAGAAGGUCUGUGGCAUCUCACUAAGUCCUGAAGAUAGAGGGGAGAGUGGAAGAGCAGGUGGAAGCUUUUUUCUGAACGUGGGGCGAAGCUUUGAAACACCGUCCGCCGACCCCGUCCCCCUUUCCUGGCCCUGGAUGUGGCCAUUGAGUCGACAGUGAUCCAAAGCCAGGAAGAUCAAGAGGACCAGAGGAACGGGACGAGAACUUACUGGAUAAUCGGCCAUGAGGGAACAGUCAUAACCAGAGGACGACGACUUUUCGACACCCCGUGACGGGAGAGAUAUCCCCUGAAAAUAUUGACUUCUUCCUGCAAGAACACCCGCAUCCCUGCAUGUCCAAACCGGAGUCGAACCAGAGGCCUCCCAGCGUGGCGAGCGAGUCCUCCACAGCCAUGACCUCGUCCACAGUGAACCCGCCCUCGGGAGCAAAGGGCUCCAGGUCCAACGGUAAGGUGCACAGCUUUGGAAAGAGGGACCACGCCAUCAAGAGAGACCCCAAUGUGCCAGCUGUGGUGAGGGGAUGGCUCUACAAACAGGACAGCUCGGGGAUGAGGCUUUGGAAGCGAAAGUGGUUCGUUCUGGCUGAUCACUGCCUUUUUUAUUACAAAGACAGCCGAGAGGAGGCCGCCCUGGGCAGCAUCCCCUUGCCCAGCUACGCCAUCUGUCCGGUGGAGCCCGCCGACCACAUCAGCCGCAAGUACGCCUUCAAGGCGUGCCACACUGGGAUGCGUGCUUACAUCCGCAAGGACUCCGGGGGUGGCUCCCAGGCCGAGCACAGCUGUAUGCGCACGUACUUCUUCAGCGCCGACACCCAGCAAGACAUGAACGGCUGGAUCCGAGCCAUGAACCAGGCAGCCCUCGUGAUGGAUGCCCCUAGAGAGAGGAGGUCCGUUUCCACCCCACAGCCCCUGUGUCUUCGUGUGGGACGAGAGGGUGACAAGUCGGAGAAGCGGGCGGAGACUUUGGAGCGACAGGCGGGCCCGCAGACCAACCACAUCAGCAGCUACGGCAGGAGCGCGUCCCAGCCGGAGGGCCUGCAUCGGCUGGAAAGCGCGGAACGGCCCGACGGCGCGCCCUUCGGCACGGGGAAGCCCGAGGAGGGCCGCAAAGAGAGGGAGGUUGGCGGCCAGGCCAGAUCUCCUGCCAUCGUCGUGGACCCGGGAGGUCUUUCCACGGACUCGGCCGCCCCCAAAGCGACGCCGCCCGUGCACGUGAGCCGCCUGUCCCCGGGCGUCCGGCGCUCCGAGCCGAACGGUCGCACGGCGUACAAGAGGGGCGUGACCCCGCGCCCGGACACGGAGAAGCAGGUGCAGAGGAAGAGCGCUCUGGCCCAGGUGGAGCACUGGGUGAAGGUGCAGAAGGGAGACCCCAGGAGCCUUUCUCCAUCCGAGCACACUCUUCCCCGACGGACCCCGCCUACGCAGCCCAAGGCCUACCAGUCCUUGCCAAAGACGUCCCAGCACGGCCCGGCUGGGUGCUCGUCACCCGUGCCCCGCAACCUGCCCAGCGAUUACAAAUAUGCGGCGGACCGCGUGAGCCACUUGCGCAUGUCGGCGGACGAGCGUGUCGCCACCAAGGAGGGCACCGUGUGGCAGCUGUACGAGUGGCAGCAGCGGCAACAGUUCCGUCACGGCAGCCCCACGGCGCCGCUGUACGCCGACGCCUCUGCCUUCCGCAUCACGCUGGAGGUGCCCCGCUCCAUGUCGGUGCCGCCCUCUCCCUCGGACAUCCCGCCACCGGGGCCCACCAUCAAGGUCCUGUCCCCCCGUCGGCCUCACGUGCCUGCUAACCGAGUGACGGUGCGGCCGGUGGAUGAGGCGUCGGCAGUGGGGGUCCCGGCCUCCGUCUCCCCCCGGCACAUGUACCCUCAGCACUCCAGGACGACCCCCACAGACAGGCGGUCAGUACCACCCAUGGGUUACAUGACACACACAGUCAGCGCACCCAGUUUGCACGGGAAAACGGCGGACGACACCUACCUGCAGCUGAAGUCGGACCUAGAAUAUCUGGACCUGAAGGUGAUGGGGCGCGAAAUUUUGAAAGACAAAUCGGCGAGGCCUGUCAAAGUAGCGGAAAGCGACGUCGACGUGAAGUUAAGCCGACUGUGCGAACAGGACAAGGUUCUCCAGGAGCUCGAAUCUCGGAUCCGUUCUCUGAAGGAGGAUAAGGACAAGCUGGAGUCGGUGCUGGAUGUGUCCCACCAACAGAUGGAGCAGUACCGAGACCAGCCGGCGCACGCCGAGAAGAUAGCCUACCAGCAGAAGCUUCUACAGGAGGAUGUGGUGCAUAUCCGGGCCGAGAUGUCCCGAGUGUCCACGGAGAUGGAGAAAGCCUGGAAUGAGUACAGCCGGCUGGAGAGUGACCUACACCAGCUGAGGGAGUCACUGCAGGACCAGAUGCACCGCACCAUCCUGUCUCAGCAAGAGAAGGCUCAGAUGAGGAAGGAGCUGUGGAGGAUGGAGGACGUGAUGGCGGGCCUGAGCUCUAGCAAAGCCAUCUACAAGGUCACCGUAGACUCGGUGAAGAACCCAGAGAGGAAACUCGUGCCUUCCAUAUCAGCACCCUCAGUGCCUUCUCUGCCGGCGAGUGCACCGGUGGGAAAAACGAGGAGCCCCCUGCACAGCCCCCAUCUCAGCCCCACGUGGCCAGAACCCCAGAGCCUACCUUCCCAGCAGCCGUUGCAUCUGACACGCAUGGACUCCGAGGUUUGUGUGUCCCACCUACCUGUGCCAUCAUGGGCGGAGGACGACGCCCCUCCCAGACCGCCCCUGCCCCAACUUUACAGUCCUGAAGAGAACCCGCCCGCUGUGCCACCGCUCCCCAAGGAGGCCUCAGCUAUCCGGCACACGUCCGUCCGGGGUCUCAAGCGCCAGUCCGACGAGAGGAAGCGCGACCGCGAGUUCGGCCAGUACAUCAACGGGGACUACAAGGUGGAGCUAAGGUCAUACGUGAGCGAACCGGAGCUGUUUGGUCAGACGGACACAGAGACGGUGGCACAUGGGAACGGAUACCAGACCCUGCCAAGCAGAGGGCUGGCAGGUUCCACCUCGAGACUGAACCAGUCCACCAACAUCUCGUCAUUCGUCACCCUUCGGAGAGGCGUCUCGGAGAUCAGCUUCAAGGAAAGACCAAAGAGCGCCCUGGAGCGUCUGUACCCAGGGGAAGCGCACCAUGGGGGUCGCAUGAGCGCCGAGGAGCAGCUGGAGCGCAUGAAGAGGCACCAGAAGGCUUUGGUUCGCGAGCGAAAGCGGAACCUCAGCCAGAGCGAGCGCCAGAGCACCUCGUCCCGCGCCUCUGCGGCCACCUCCUCCCGAACCCCCCCCACAGACCUGGGCUCAUGGAAACGAGAACAGGACUUCGACAUGCAGCUGCUGGAGCGGGCCGUGCAGGGCGCGGAGCGGCCCCCCGAGCACCAGGACAAUGUGAGGCCCCAGGCCGACGAGUGGCUGACCGUGUUGGCUAAGCCCUUGGCUGCGCUGGAUCUGGAACCUGUGGACUUCGAAUUGGACCUGCAACGCGAGCUCUCUACACCCCAGAAGGUGUUCAUCCCCCAGAGAGCGACCGAGCCAGAGGAGCCCCUCAGUCAGCACGAUGCGGAGGCCCGGUACCGCAAAGCAGAGCGCAUCAGCGGUAUCCUGGCUCAGUCAAGCAGUGUUCAGAACAUGUUGCCGCCAGAGGACCCAGAGAAGCCAGGUGAGCCAAGUGCCAGCUGGGUCCUGCAGGAGCGCAUGGUGGCCGCUCCCUAUGUCUUGGCAUCUGAGGCCUCGCUGAGGAACAAGGAGGUGACAGCUCCGAGCCAGGUGCUCCACCCUCCUACCCUCCCCUCUCCUGCCCCACAGCCGCCCAACCCCUCCCUAAGCAAUGGAUUUCACUACACGUUUGUCUGACAAGAACGAACAGAGUAAGGACCGGCCGCUCGAUUCCCCUGCCACCAACGCACUCGCUCACUGCGCCGCCGACCGCUGCGCCAUCAGGUUCGGCUGCUCACCUCGGGGCUGCGGCGCCCCCAUCGUGCGCUUUGUCAGGCGGCGUUUGAUCAGGUAGUGUGAUGUGUGUAACUGUGUCAGAGCGACCAGGGCAAUAAGUCCACAGGGCUGUACUGAGAGGACGUUUGCACCUUCAGCCUGAUAUUUGCAAAGACUGAAGCCGCCCCCUCUAUUCUGCAUAUUUACUGCAGCGCCAAUAACAGCCGCAUUUCUGAGUCGCAGUUACACUGGCAUCUGCGGUCACCGCUGCACUGUCCUCUCACGCACGCAUCUCGGCAAGUGUUACAUGGCCCACAUAAGACAGGCGCACUUGGUGAUGGUGUGUUGAGGAAGCAGUGACCGCCGGUACCCUUAGAGACACGUGUUGGAUUGACUGCUGUGCCAACCCAACCCGCCAGGCCUCUGAUGCACAGGGUGCGAAACCCAGGGAUCCGCAACCGGACGACCGUGUUCAGCCUGUACAGUUGUGCAUGUUCGGGUGGGAGCCGCUCGUCGGUCCCACCAAGCCAGCAUGUUCACCGCUGCUGUGGCCUGCGUAGUUCCACCUUCCGCUUUGCGCUGCCGGCCCCCCAUCGCUCAUUUGUGCCUCUUCAUCCGUGUGCCUGUGAGCCAAUCGCAAGUGGACAAAGAGCUGCAAUGUGCUGUGAUUGUGAUUUGCGGGGUGCUGAUGGAUGCUCGGUGCUAUACAUACGGGGAAUAUAUAGUUACGCCAGCGCUUAUGUGUCGGUCUGUGUGUUGAAAAUCUGUCUUUGACCACCAUGAUCAUUCUGAGCAAACCUGAUGGCUGGAAUUACAAAAUAAACUACAUGUCAGUCCCUUGUGCUUUUGUGUGAAAAACAAAUAUAUGUGCAAUGUGUAAUAAAAUAGCAUAAUUUCUCAGAAACAGCAGCUUGAGUAGUACCUAGAGCAUCGCGUUACAGUAUAAAGGUUCCCGAGCUGAAUCCCGCUCCUUCUGUGGUAUCCUUCAGCAAGGUAUUUACCCUUAUUUGCAGUAGGAGUAUCGUGCUGUAAAAAUGCGUACUUAACAGUAAAGCUUAGUGUUCCGCAUUGUCAAUGCGCCGAACCCUGACAUCCCCUGGUUGUGUU